AUGCAUAAGUUUCACAAGCCUUCAAGAAGCUCCGAAUCUCUUCCUUUUAUAAAAGUCUCACAGCCUCACGGGAACAAUUUGAACGUCGCGCUUCGGGUUUCUCGAUUUUCAAACUAUGUAUUCAUGCAGUCUCAAUCAAUUAAAAUAAAAAAACGAUUGCCUCAUCAGCCGAAAUUUGACUUCUCAGCAACUCCACAGCAAAGGCUGGGGAAUUAUUUCGUCAAUAUUAAUACAGAUACUGCAGAGAAUGACAAUAUUUUAUCUAAUCAUUUAAAUAUCACAGCUUAUUCAGAAAUAGAAACUCCAAGCGAAUUGAAUAAAUCACCAUCAUUUAUAUUAAGAAAUAGCGAAAGCCCUAAUCGCUUUAAAAAAUGCAUAGAAAUUGACUCAGUUUCUGGGCAGACCCGACAAAAAUCCAUCACGAAUUUAGUAAUGCCAGCAAUAAAAAAUCCUUCAAAUAGCUCAAUUUUAGAUAAGAAAAAUAUGAAAAAAACCAAAGCAACUCCAUUUUUGAAUGUUUCUCAAAUGACACUAUCCUAUCAAAAAAGCCCGAAAAAAGAAAGAAACGAGGAAAGCCCUAUAAGAUUAAGAAGAAAACUUAUAGUUGAAGACCCAGAAUAUUUAUCUUUUGAUAAUUCGCUGAUUGAUAAUAAGAAGAAAACAUUUCCCUUAGACUCUAUAUCAAUCAAGAAGAAAUUAGCAAUAAAGAAAAGUAAAGCCAAUGAUGAAAAAAGGGUAAAAAAGAAAAAUUCGCUUAGUUCUUGGGAUGCACUGACAAAUAGACUAUCUUCUGCAAGCAACUUUAUUCUUGCUUAA